AUGACCUGAUCUGCUCCUUCGCGGCUCCUCCAGAGGCACAAACAUCGCCAUUCCGCUCCCCGAGCGAAGCUUGAAUAGAAUAGGCUUCUUUCAUCUAUGCAACGGGGCUUCUCUCGGAACUCCUGAAACUUGCUUGAAACCCACAGAAUUCACACCUUACAUAAAACCAGGACCCUGCACCUGCUUCACCUCCUGCUACGGGAUCACACACACACCCCUGCCCCCCUAUCCAACCUCCACCUUCAUUUAUCUCCCUCCACUCCAACCACAGUCACUACUCACGAGCCAAGCCGGUGGAAGGAGACCACAAUCCUCCACCAUCCAACCUCGCACACUCGACCAUCCUGCCAGCCAUCGCUCGUCCACAACUCACCGAGCAACAAUAGCAAAAAAUGUCGUACUUCUCCACCAUCCUCACCGCCACAAAAUCGCGUUACCAGACCCUCCGCGGUAUCGACGAGCAAGACGGGGACUCAGAGGAUGAUUCCCACGUCUCCCGCCUCCUCAGGAACUACUACCAAGAGCAGGGGCGACCGCUCCCGGACUGGCUCGGCGGGGGCCCCCCCCCGCCACAGAACCUCCGGAACAAUUACGGCCAGCAGAGGCCCGGAAUGAUUGGGCGGGGACAGCAGAGCGGUGGGCCGCAGAAUGCGAACGCGACGCUGAGCGAUAUAUGGGAUACGCCGGCGCCACAAGGCGGCCAGCGACCAACUUUUGGGAUUCGCCAGCAGUCAGCGCAGCAGCAUGGGCUGUUUCCUGGUGAUGACGAUAGGCCGCCGCAAGGUGGUCGUGGGGGAAAUGGAGGGGGGGCAGCGGGAGUUGCGAUGACGGCUCAGCAAAGGAUUAAGGAGAGGUUGUGGGGUGGUAGAACCGCGUCUCCGCCACCGAAUGCUUCGAAGCCUUCCCCGCCCCCGCCUUCGUCCGUACAAAUGCCAUUACCACCGUCUAUACAGCCGAGGAAUAAUGGUGGUGGGUAUGGCCAACAGCGUGGCGAUGGAGGCGGCGGACGAUCACAUGGGCAGUCAGGGAUGCCUUGGGACGAUGGAUACGGCGGUGGUGGUGGUGGGUACAGCGACGGUUAUGACGGAAACAAUUUCUCUCCAGGCUUCACACCAGCUGGGUCCUCCGGCGGCGGGUCCCAAGGAAGUAGUAGUAACCUCCAACGUGGGAAGCUAGGAAUGGGAAUUGGCCUCCCGACAGGACCUGGCAUGAUGAGGCAGCAGGGCGGCAAUCGUGGAGGCUAUUGAAACCAGGCAAAACUAGCCAACAAAACCUUACUUCUUCUCCCUUCCAUCCUUCCCCUUAUGGUUGUAUAUGAUACGGAAGAAACUACUGCUUCUGGAGUAACAAUUUUCCCCCUCCCUUUCUACAUCCUCUGAUCCUGUCUCUCCUUCCUUCUUUAAAACUGCGUCUUUGUGUAGUGUGUCGGUUUUGCGUGUUUGGGGACUAUUAGGCCGGAUAUCUAGGGUGCUGGGGUUGAUAAUGAGAUAUGAGAAUGUUCUUCUUGCUUCUUGGAGGCGCGGAAGUCGAAGGUGUUUCUGCUUGCCGGUGCUCCGUUCAAUAGCGUUGCGGCCUUCGUAAGUCUGAGGGCAGGAAAGUAAUCGAUCCACAAGUUGAGAAAUGGGAUUAAGCAUCGAUGCUCACUCGGUGCCAC